AAUGCUGAACACAAUAAAAAUAUCAGUUGUGUUCGUGAGCUCUCCAAGAGUCCUUGCAAUGCGAGAAAAUUGUGCGCUGAGCCCAAGGAUGCUGUUUCUUCACGUGGCUGCGAUGUCAGUAGACAUUUAGCCUGCCUAUCAAUCAUCAGAAGCACAAGCCCCACUCCCCACCCCACUGUUCAGAAAAAGGCUUUGUGUGCCCCUGAUAACCUGAAUAGCAGUAUUGAAAAUCAGGGCCAGAUUAAGAUGUACACUGAUGAAGUGUGUCAGGAGACUGUGUCACCUUGCAGAAACUCAUUUCUGCAGCAGGACGGAUUAAAUUUGUUAAUAAGCAUGACAGUUAUUAAUAACAUGCUUGCCAAGUCCUUUUCAGACUUGCAGUUUCCUUUGAUAUCCAAGGGAAGUGGAUGUGCUAAGGUUCAGGUUUUGCAACUGCUGAUGGGUUUGUCUGAAAAGCCAGCCUUGGCGGGGGAGCUGCUGGGUGCCCAAGUGCUGUUCCCAUUCAUGAUAAACAGAAGCGGAAGUAGAGGAAUUCUGCUGGAAACGCUGGCCCCUUAAGUGUCCAUUUGGAGCAGAAUGGGACUGAAUGGCCCC